AUGUCCGAUGGGUGGUCUGAUCAAAGAAAGAGAACAAUGAACAAUUUUCUUGUGAAUAGUCGAGCUGGUACUGUGUUCUUAUCUUCUAUAGACACCACUGAUAUUUCAAAGAUAGCUCAAAAGUUAUUUGAAUUGUUAGAUGGUAUUGUGGAAAAAAUUGGAGAGGAUAAUGUUGUGCAGGUCAUCACCGAUAAUGCUUCUAAUUAUAAGGCAACUGGAAAAAUAUUGAUGGAAAAGAGAAAAAGAUUGUUUUGGACCCCUUGUGCUGCUUAUUGCAUUGAUCUGAUGUUGGAAGAUUUUCAAAAGUUUGAUUCGCUCCACAAAGUCACAAUACAAAAAGCGAAAUCUGUGGUCACAUAUAUUUAUUCAUGGGGUACAGUUAUUAAUUGGAUGAAAGAGUUCACCAAUGGCAAGGAGUUGAUUAGGCCUGGAGUUACUCGCUUUGCUACUUCAUACUUGACUAUGAGACAUCUAAGCGAGUUGAAAGGGAAUUUGUUUACCUUUUUCUCUUCGGAUAAGUGGAAAAUAACUUCACCUCUCAUCAAAGUAUUGAGGAUGGUGGAUUCUGAUGAAAAACCCGCCAUGGGUUUUCUCUAUAAAGCUAUUGAUCAGGCGAAAGAAGAAAUCAAACAAAAUGUGAACAAUGUUCGAAAAAGAUAUGAAUCAGCAUCAUUGAUAAAAGAUGGGAAGAUCAAUUGA